CUAUCUUCCGUAGCAGUACUGGGAAAUCACAGACUUGUUUCUUACAACGCGGGAGACUGCAGAGCAUCACUUCAGACGGCUGGGAAUACACUAUCAAUCAAUAAAGAUUUUGCUACUGAAUGUGGACAAACCAAGAACAUUUCCAGCCAACAACGGUUCUGCCUCCAGCAGGACUUUGGAUAGUUCCAGUUCAGAAGGAAAGCUCCAGUUGGACGACCAAGACGAAGCACACCACGAUGAGGACAUCAGUGGUAGUUCUGGUCAGCUUAGGCAUCCUUUGUAUAUCAGCAUGUGUCCUUGCACAAAUAAAGUUAGGAUCAGCUCUGAACCAGUGUUUCGCAAACGAAGAUUGCACCUCGCAGCAGACCUGUAUGAACCUCAAGUGCAAGGAUCCGUGUUUGGAGGCCUGCAACGGCAAUACUGUGUGCCAGGUCCGCAACCACGUCCCGUACUGCGCGUGCAAGCCUGGCUUCUCGGGCGAUCCGUUCAGUGGAUGCGAUCAACGGAGAGUGACUCUUGAGCCCCAAUGUGAGACCAACGACGACUGCCCUCAGUACAGGGCUUGUAUCAACCGGAAGUGUGAAGACCCUUGCUAUGACGUGUGCAGAGGCAACACCACAACAUGUCAUGUACGCAAUCACAUCCCUUAUUGCACCUGCAGGAAGGGCUUUUCUGGGGACCCCUCGAUUGCAUGCAAGCCACAAAAUCCACCAGGGAGCUGGCCUCCUUACCCAGGGGCGAAAAAACGAUUCCAGUUGGAACUUAUCAAGACCAACUGGUUUGGAGCCUUCGCCCACUGCCUGAACCACGGCGGGAGACUCGCCACUGUUGCCAACUACGAGGAGAACGAAAGGGUGAAGGAAGCAAUUAGAAAGACAGGACUAAAAGCAAGCUUCUGGGGGUCAGGGACGGACUACGCCCUGGGCAACCACUGGACCUGGGUCAGCACGGGGUUACCCUUCACGUUCACGGACUGGAGCAACAAUCAGCCCGACAACUGGCAGAACCUGCCCGGGGGAGAACACUGCCUGGAGUUCUGGGAAGAAACACAGUACCGCUGGAAUGACAGGAACUGUCUGGAACAACAGUACUCAGUCUGCGAGUACUAUGACGAAGUAGAACAGAAGUGAAAUGUGAUUUUUAUAUCAUUUAUAAAACACGAAUAAACAACAGAGGCAAACUUGUUCUUUA